GUCGUGGAUUCGAAUCACUCGACGUUUGUACACACAUAUAUAUAUAUAUAAAUAUAUAUAUACAUGUAUUUAACACUUGUUACACGUACAUAUAUACAUAGCACGUAUAAAAGUUUAACUAAUUGUGUUAACACACAAAGAUCUUUUAAUUAAUUACUAAUUAAUAUAAAAUAUUAAAUAAAUAAAUUUUUAAAAAUGACUUCGUGACGACUGUUGUAAUUUUAGGUGUGAUUGUGUAUAUAGUGUGUUGUGUUUGUUUAUUAUUUAUAUUAUAAAUUAUAAAAUUAAAAAUGUCAAAGAAGCAAUGGAUGGCUUUACUGAUGAUGUUCUUCGCUUAUCUCCUUUUUGGUACCGGAAUAUUUUACUAUCUUGAGAGUGGAGAUGAAAUUGAAAAAACGCAAAAAGCUCGACGAGAACGAAUUGAAAUUAAUGAAUUGUUGCAUGAACAUUAUCUACCUCAUACGAAAGAAGAUCAGCAUGAAAUAUUUGAAAAGUUAUCGCAGUACUGCGGCAAGUCGGUUAAAAAUUAUUCUGAAGGUGAAGAGGAUCCGCUUAAAUGGGAUUUUUAUAAUACGUUUUAUUUUUCAUACACUGUUGUCAGUACUAUCGGUUACGGAAAUUUGGCACCGACAAAAUUAUCAAGUCGAAUCGUCAUGAUAUUCUACGCAAUAAUUGGAAUCCCAAUAAACGGAAUUUUAUUGGCAAAUCUCGGAGAUUUUUUUUCCAGCGUAUUUAUAAAAGCCCACCGUAAUUACAAGUCAUACAAACAAGAGGACGAUUGUCAAAAAAAACCCAAAGAGACGAAGAAAUUCACAUUCUUUUUUCAAAUUUUAAUGUACCUAGUGCCCGGUUUUGUGAUAUUUAUAUUUUUUCCCGCAUUUAUAUUUUCCUACGUCGAAGAAUGGACAUACGACCAAUCAGUUUACUAUGCAUUUGUCACCCUGACGACCAUCGGGUUCGGCGAUUUAGUUGCCGGUCAAAAUUCUCCUGGAGGUAAUUUUUUUGUCGGUACGUACAAGGCAUUUCUGAUAAUCUGGAUUUCCUUCGGACUUGGUUACAUCGUGAUGAUAAUGACCUUCAUAACACGGGGAUUUAAGAGCAAAAAAAUAACCCAACUUGAGCAUAAACUUGCUAUGAAUAUAAAGCAUACACAGAAUAAAGUAUUUAAUCAACUUACACGGGACAUCAAUUACCUCAGAAGAAUUUUUAACGAGUUACAGCUGUCUAAAGUCAAGAGAAUUUAUAUGGAUGACGAUGAUUAUGAUACACCACCAGCGACCUUGAUGCGCAGUAACAGUUUUCCGGACCUCCGACAGCUGGUGUAUGGAGGCCUGGAGCCUAUAACGCCGCCCCAUCCACGUCGUCGUGCCAACAGCGAGGUCGUGCCGAUGGAGAGAACAGUAGCGCGGGUCGUUUCCGAGACUGACUUGCAGCGUAUUGAUAAAAACGCAACAUUUGCGACUCACGCGAUGGUACAGCCCGCAGAAAUGCUCGCCCGUCUUGUAAAUAUACUGGGAUAUAUACCGCCGCCACCGGAUGACGACGAGCAGAUAGACAUGGACCCCAGGGGAGUCCAGGGCUUCAGCGACAAGGAAAUACUUUCGGGCGAGCGAAACGCUACUGAGUCCAGUUGGAAAUUGGGAGGUGACAGAAUUCCAUGGAGUAGAAAACCGCGUUCGCGGGCGACCAGUGAAGUGAGACUGGACCCGUCAUUCGAACCUGGGGUUCAAAGUAAUCAGGAGUGGACUUGGUCUGGUCCAGCGGCGUCAAGAAAAAUUCAGGAGAUAAUGAAAGCGCGUAAAAAUGGCGCUUCCUUGAGUAAAGACAGAGAUAGUGGUAAAGACAAAGAGUGUAAAUCAUUAUUCCCGUUGAAUUUGCCAAAGAGUGUGCCGCUGCCACGCUGGAUCAAGCAGCUGUCGACUAAAAAAGACGGAAGGACACGUAACUCCGUUUCGGUAGGGGAUUUGGAGAGUAAUGAUGACGAUUACCUGUCAAAUGUAACGGGUUAUACCGACAGAUCGACGUACUUUACACACACCGGUGCCGCGGACUUGUCGACAAGUCUAGAGGGUAGUAGUCUGCUUGAAGAAACGACACUUGCGGACUUUAUACGUGCUUUGACUGCGCUACACUCUCACGUGGGCGCAGUCCCUGAUGAAUUUAUUAAGAAGCCGCAGAGAAAAAUGGGAACGGCUUCACUGACUCCGCCAAAGCUGCCGAGUCUCUUUACGCUCUUCGCCCCGCCGACUGAGUCUUCCUCCGUGCCUCAGAGUAAUCAGAACACCGUCACGGGAGCUGCUGCGAGAAGAUUCUCUCUGAGAACAGUAGAAAAUUCAUCGCCUCUUUAUCAAAGAAAAAAUAGUUUAGCGCCGGCGAAACCUAGAAAUAGAAGAUUUUCAUUGCGACCUGUCGUAACGCCUCUAGGAACAACACCCCAAGCUUCGCCGUAUCUUUCAAACCUGAGAAAAGAUUCUUCGAGCCCACCGCCGGCUUACAGCGCAAACUUCACCUUCGAAGGCUCAAAAGAGCCUCUGGUAUCAAUGGAAGGCGCUCCUGGAGUUUCUUCACCUGUCAGCACUCCCGCUCAUCGGCUGUCGCUUCACAACUCAAACAUUCCUGGUGCAGACUCACAAGUACCAGCUGCCAAAGGAUUGUCUUCGCGUUGGCGCGCAGGAAUACUCCAAAGGCAGCUUAAUCAGCGACGUGUCCGCGCUUUCAGUCUCAGUGACGUUAAUUCAGACCGCAGCCAAACCGCUACCGACAGAAACAACUCAAUAAGUCCUUUAGCUCUAGAUCCAGCGGUCAAGACAACGACCUUCGGACCCAGAGACCCUUCGAAUAAAUUUUCCACCCAAAAGACUGUGACAAUCGUCUCGCCGAGUCACGAAAAUCGCGGCAAGACCACCGACAGCAAGCAAAGCAGUGCGCCCACGCGCAGACCAUUCCUGAGAGCUCUGUCCGCUCUGAAUAAUCCUUUCUCCAACAGUCAAGUUGAAUCCCGGACUACUUACACAAAUCCUUUUGUCAUUGACAUGGAGAGUCCGGAAUUAGCGGCAACUAGUGAGGAUCUACAGAGCCGUAAUGUAUCUCAAGGAUUAAUGGAAGUUAAAAAUAUAAAAACGGUGCCAUUGACACGGGAUUUAACCGAUGGAUCAACGUCAAGUGAUCCUACAAUUGUUGUAAUACCUGGCAAUGAUAAUAAUAAAAUAAAUGAUGAUAAAAUAGACCGUGAGAAUGCCAGCGCGUGUGCUACGACUGGCACAGGUACAGGCAUUAAGUCUGAUAGUAAAUUUGUGUCAGGGAUAAUGGAUAACAUAUCGAGAGAAAUUGAUUCGAUACAUAUAUCAAAUCCGUCAAUAAGUAAUUGGACGGACGUAAGACGUGACGUGGGUAGAAAAGUAUCAACAGUUUCUGAAUGCAGCUCUAGAGACUCGAGCAGCGAAAGUAUAAAAAAUUCAGAUAAGCCGAGAGUUUCUAUUGAUUCUUACAAGUCCCUUAUUGACGAUAAGAUUGACAGGCCCAGCGAGGAUCCAUUUUUGAGAUACAGCAAGGCGUCGAAACAACUUAAUGACAAUUUACGGGACGAAUCUUCAAGCUCCCAUGAACAAACUAAAGUACCGACUGGUCUUGGUGAUAGUCCGCGUGAAUCUUCAACUUAAAUUUGAACUGAUUAAUUGUAAUUUUUAAUUAUUUAUUAAGAUUUAUAGAUUAAGAUGCAGGCGAGAUGAAGAUGAAGAUUGAUAAAGACAAAGACAAUAAUAAUUGUCUGAGGAUUUAAAUUCUGUGAUAGAUAAUGUAUUAAUUGUAAAUUGUUAUACUUUUGACUCAGCUGGCUGUUGUCUUUUAUUAAGCACCUAGUUUUAAAUAGUUAAUUAUUAAUUUAUAUAAUCAAAAGGUCACUUAUUGUGCCAUGAGUAUAAACUUCUUGUAAAUAAUUUAUCUAAU